AUGUUAUAUGAAUUUCGAAAAGGAAAUUCAGUAACAAUUGCGACAAACAAUAUAUGUGCUGUUUACGGAGAAAGUGCUCUUUCAUGUCGUACCUGUAGAAAAUGGUUUAAACGUUUUAAAGAUGGGAAUUUUUGUUUAGAAGAUGAGGAACGUUCUGGGCGUCCUUCUCAGACACAGGAAAACAAAAUUCAAGACCUUGUAGAGCAAUCGCGAAAUUUAUCAGUUCAGGAGAUGUCAAACAUUCUAGAAAUACCUAAAACAACAAUUCAUAGACAUUUAAAAAAGUUGGGAAUGGUAUCAAAACUGAACGUUUGGGUGCCCCAUUAACUUACGGAACGAAACCGGCUUGAUCGCAUGACAACGUGCAUAUCAUUAUUUGCACGCAACAAAAAUGAAGCAUUUCUUAAACGCUUGGUAACUGGGGAUGAGA